CUCCCAUACUCGAACAACAAUGAAACUCUCUCUCACGGCUCUCUUUGGCCUAUACACUGGCCUUGUCGCCGCCGCUGUCGCCUCCCCCCAGAACCCUUUCGACCCUCCGAUUUCAUCCACAGGGCACGCCCUCCUCACCUCGUCCCGUCACCCAAAGCACAAUGUCCACAUCAAGGCUCACUCUGCUGGCUCAUGGUGUGACCCCGAGGUCAGAUCGUGGACGGGAUACAUUGACUCUGGAUAUGGUAAAGAGCUGUUCUUCUAUUACUUUGAAUCGAGGUCCUCGCCAAAGGACGAUCCAGUGGUGAUGUGGAUCAAUGGCGGGCCUGGAGGGAGUUCGGCCAUGGGCUUGUUCCUUGAGCAGGGGCCCUGCCGUAUCAACAAGGACCCUUCGGGAUUGAACGACACCGUGGUGAACCCUUACGCCUGGAACGAGAAGGCGAACGUCUUCUUCCUCGAUCAGCCGAUCGGCGUCGGUUUCAGUCACGGGGACUAUGGACAGACCGUCGCCACGACCGAGCAGGCGGCGAUUGAUGUGGCUGCAUUUGUCGAGAUUUUCUUUGAAUACUUCGAUCUCCACGGUCGACCCUUUCACAUGUCGGGCGAGUCGUAUGGGGGACGUUACCUACCCCUCUUUGCCAGUGCGGUGUUUGACAAUAAUGCCAAGCUCAAGAAGGACGGCAUUGAGCCGAUCAAUCUUCAGAGCGUGCUCAUUGGCAAUGGCCUGACUUCAAUCUUCACCACCAUCGACACACAAUACGAGCUCAUGUGUACAAAGCACAUUGACCUCGGCUACGCUGUCAUGCCUAUCAAAGCCUGCGUUGAGCUGGUCGAACAGCUUCCCAAAUGCCACCAAAUGCUCAAAAAGCACUGUCUCGAAACGGUCGACCACGCGAUUUGCACCCUCUGGGAGGCGCAUUGUGGAGAUCUAUGGAAUCUCACGCCACUGUCUGUCGAGAGGAACAGAUACAAUCUGAACCAGACCUGCACUCUGGAGCAGCUGGAGGCUGAUAGGUGCAUCGACGGACAGCUCGAUCUGGAAAAGUACCUCAAUCUUCCCGACGUCCAGGCUUUCCUCGGUGCCACGGGACACUUUGGACUGAACAGUCAUUUGGUCAACCAAGACUUUUACAGGGCUCUCGACGAGGUCCAUCAGACAUACUGGUACGUGGCGGGACUGCUUGAGCGGGGCAUCAGGGUUUUGAACUAUGUCGGCACGCUGGAUGCUGCAUGCCCGCAUCUUUCACAGGAAAAGUGGAUGGCUCAAAUGCCAUGGACUGGACAGGCGGGAUACCUUGAUGCUGAAUGGGAGUCUUGGCAAGUGAACGGGAAAGAAGCGGGUAUCUUCAAGACGUAUGAGAACUUGACGCUGCUCAAGGUGUUUGGCGCGGGCCAUCUUGUACCCACGGACCAGCCAGAGAACGCAUUGGCGUUGUUGAACGAGUGGAUCGAGGGGGCGUAGGCUCGUCCUGAUGGGGGUUUGGAGUAGACUGGGUAGCGUAAGGAGUUCGCUCCGUACGUCGCUGCGCACUCUGAAGGGGAUGUUUGGUCCGCAUCAGAAUGGCUGUAGGAGCAGCUCGGUAGCAUUGAUCGUGACGUAGAGGCCUCUGCUCUCCUAUGCAUCAGAUAAGCACGUUG